AUGGCCACUUUUCAGCAAUACCCACAGCAGCAUGAGCUUCCUCUCUUUCAGAACUUACAUACGUUCCCUCUGGAUCAAUAUGGGUUCCCACGGUCGAAGACGCCGACAGAAUCACUAGUGAAUCACACUGGAUACUCUCCAGGUCCGCUCAUAACUACGCCGCCUAUCAGCCGCAACCCGUCGCAACCACCGGAACCAUCCCAAGACUACACAUCGGAGCCAUUGCCAUGGGACAAUGGCAGCUUCUCCAACUCUCCCACCUCCGUGAUGACUCCGGACCCUGAAUCCAUGGAGGUGGAAAUGAUAGACAGCUCUCAAUUCUUCUACCCGCAUCACGCGCAGAACAUGUCCACCCAGGCUACCCACGGCGCCGUCUCAGCCAUGGAUACAAACAUGUUCAUAUCGGGUCAGGAUGUAAUCAGCGAUCAGGCUGUGGAUGCGGCCUUCCACGAUACCUUGCUAUCCGAAUCCGAGCGAUACCAGCAUCAGUAUGGUAUGCAAGAUCAGCAACUACAUCCCAUGGCGCUGCCACAGUAUCAGCAUUAUGACACCCAACCGCUUCAACAUGAUCCAUGGAAUGGUCAAGGACCUGCUAGGUCUACUAUUGUUCCGCGAUCCGGCCACGUCAUGUUUGAUCCAGCUACUGAACAGUUGAUCUCUUCUGGGUACGUGACUAACGUGGAUACUUGGAGAAUGAAUCACCCCGAGCCGUCAUACUUAAUCUCACCGAGCGAGCCUACUAUGCCACCACAAGACAACUUUUACUUCGCAACAGCACAGCAUCUCGCCCAAAGCUCCCAGAAUCAGAUCCCGCGUACGCAGAUGGCGAAUCAGCUUCCGAUAGAAAUGCAUCUAACAAGGGCAUCGCCCCCACCAGAUAACCAGGGUUUCAUUAAUUACGACGCUUCUUCUCCAUUUUUCAGCGACUACCACACAUCUAGCAACAACUUACCCUCUUCGUUGACGCGCACAGCUGGGAGCCAUGUAGCACCAUAUGAGCCUGUCAUCAGCCCAACCGUUGCAAGUCCAAUUGGUUCCGAGGAUAUGCUGUCAUCGUACACGCAGUCGGAGUCCGGAGUAUCGGCAGACCGUUACUUCUCGAAUCAGUUCAUGCAAGGAGAAGUUAUGCCAUCCCAGACCUUGCAAGCGGAUUAUCUUCCUGACAGGAGUAUGCCAGAGGCGACUUUCGACGCUUCCCCUGAGCCAGAGACGGCUCAAAGUGCAGCAGCCAAAGCUUUAGCCAAGUCUGGAGGUAGAGCACUUGGAACUCAUCUUGAGCCUCAGGUCGCCAAAGCAGCACAUGACAUGCGGAGGAUUGUGGCGUGCUGGCACUGUGUGCUACAAAGAGACAAGUGUGGCCCCGGUGAGAUUUGUGAACGGUGCCUUAAGCGGUCUCAACGCCCGAAUGCGGAUCGUGGCCUAGGAUGCUGUCGUAUUAAGCUCGUCGAUUUAUCCGCAUACUUUCUUCCCGCACUUGUCACGCAAAUGCACGAAGACUCGAACCUUACUCACUUCGUAACCCAAUACAUUCAUCAAUGGGGCAAUGUUGAACUCGAAGUUUACAUGACCUGCGGACAAGAUGGCAUGCCGAGGAUUCCCGUCAAAGUUUAUGAAUUUUCGCCACGAGGAAAUGCGCUAUUGGUACAGAUACAGUACAACACUGACCCGAAUACUCAUCAGAGGGUGGCUGUCGAGAAGAAGAGCCCGGCAUUGGGGAUGGUGCAUAUCAACUAUAACGAGGAAAAGAAGUACGACAAAUACAUUACUGACAUUGUGGACCAUCACUUGGACGCCUUUGGCGAACUCUGCUGGAAAGAAGAUGACAAUGACUUUCAACAAAAGUUGUUUAAGCUCAUGACGAGAGUAAAAGCAAAGAACGAAGACGAAGCAAGAUUACUUCACGAAGUCUUCCGCCUCGUUGUAGUCACGUACAUCAUGUCACACACCCUCACCAUUGCAGAGGAGACCAAAGUUGCGACGCUCUCUCGCAUGCGGUCCUAUGGCGGCCAAAACUCUUACGUCGAGAACUACACAUCACCACGAAUGACGAAUCGCCAAUUGAAGUACUUCUUCUCGCGCCUACAACGCUCAAUCCAGACUACUGUCCUCAACAAACUUCAGCAAAUCUUCAAGUCGUCGAAAGGCUGUGACAAGUGGCUGGCAGCCUUUGUUACCGUACUAGGCAUGUGCAUGGCGCUGGAGGACCAACAGAAGACCAUUCACCUCGUCAUGGAAACCAAAGCUCGAACCGAGGGCAUCGACCACAGAGAUGCACAAGGUCAAGCAGACAUUGCAAAUCGCGAGAUUGACGCCAGAAUACACUUUGUCCAGCAGAUUUUCCGCUGGAAGUACAAUCGCAAGUGUAACCCCAUUCGCGACGCUGAUCACGCGUGGGACAAGGAGGUCGGAUUUGGAGACUCGUCAAGCGUCAAUUUUGUUCGCCAAGUCGUGCAACUGGUAAAGGACAAUACCGAUUACCUACAAGGGCGACAACAAGUCAGCAUCUCACCAGCCAAUCAGACAAAGUACACCGCCCGGCUCGUUGGCCAGUUCUUGCUUUCCUUCUACAUGCCCAACGCUUGA